AUGGGUCAUGGCGACAGCCCACACGUCCCCAAGUCGCCUCCUGGCGAGGCGGGGGAGUCGACAGCGCCUGACCGGCGGAGCCCCUCGCCGGUGGCCGUCCUCUCCAACUUCCUGGGGGAUCUGGUCAACUUGACGGUCCUUGACCUGAGUGGCGAUUCUCUCGAUGAUUCGGCUUUCCUCCUGUUGAUGGCCUCCCUUGCCGCACUCGAUGGCCCGCCCCUGAAGGAGCUCUACCUCGCCGAUCUUGGCCUCAGUCCUCAGGGCUUUUCCAACGGCCUUCAACUUGUGUCUCGACAGUUGACCUGCCCGCCGAAAUUGAGCGGCGUCCAUUCCCUUUCACUUUCUUACAACUCCGUCGCCAGCAUCCCCGCCUCACGGGCCCUUUGUUCCUUCAUCGCCAUGCUCCCGGAGCUGCAGCUUCUAUUCCUCGAACAUAUGGACCUCUUCCCGUGGGCCACGGAGUUCCUGCCUCUGGUGUUGCCCCACCUGCCUCAAUUGCAGGAGCUCCGUCUCGAUGGCAACACCUGCACAGACAUCGAGGUUGCCAGCAUAGCCUACCAGCUCCAUGGCAAGCCUCUCAGCCUCCUCUCUCUCCGAGGCAAUCCAAUCUCCCUGAACCCCGAUCUUGCUCCCUCCACUCCCCUGCUUGUCCAGUACCUGGACCUUUCAGAGUCAGGUCCUCUCUCCAUUGGCCACCUAUCGAGCUACUUCUUCCCAGGCACCUUGGUCCACCUGAGGCUCGUCUCUUCGAGCCUUGUCGAGAUGCCGCCUGGACUUCGGUCGCCUGGCUUCCCUGCGCUUCGGAUCCUGGAACUGUCCCAUGUGCCUUUGCCCUCGAUUACCACAUCCCUCACGCAUCUGCUCGGUCCAAAUCUCCUUGUUCUGGAUUUGUCAUUCUGCAACCUGAUCCCCGAUGACCUGGCCCGAUUGGCUCUCGAAAGUCGUCAACUCGGCAAUCUGGCCUACCUGGACCUCUCCUCCAAUCCCCUGGUCACCCUCGAUGCGCUGACGACCUUCUUCCAGCUGUCCUUCACUCACCUGCGCCACUUGCUGGUGUUGUUUGUUGAUGCGCUGUCCAUCCCUGCGCCGGCUGUUGUACAGGCACUCCUCUCUUCAGUCCUUCCGCCCCUGCUCUGGAUUUCCUUCCAAUCCGAGAGCCCCCUUUGUGCAUUCCCCUCAACCGAUGCGGCCGAGCCCCACAUCACCUCUCUCCUUCAAACUCUCAUGCUCCCGGCACACUUUGGUCGGAACCUGGCCGGCCUACUGGGCUCCGCUCUGGAAAGUCCGCUGGCCGGCCUCGCCCCAUGGGCCACCCGCCUCGGGGCCUUCCUGGCCGAUUUGCCCAGGCAGGCAUCCGCCCUGGUGGGCUUCUCAAUGGCAAACGAGCCCGGCAGGCUGCCCCACAUCCGGCACCUGGAGAUCUCCCAUCCAGGCCAAUUGCGUCCGAUGGAUCCCGGGGGGGCACCCAUCAUCCCCCCCAAGGCCCUUCCGGGCGCCGGGCAGCCGACUGUCACUUCGACAACUGCCACUUCCGACAACGGCGUCAGUGGCAUCACCGAUGAGGUCUGCACGGGCAGCUGCAGCCGUUCCGACGAAGCACCCCCUGUCGACCUGUCGACCCCCCCGCCGGUGGGGUCCUCCCCGGAGCCGGCGUCCGUGGAGGAGGAGGGCGAUGAAGUGGGCUUCCCCUCGCCGGUGUGCAUGUGGCCGGCCCUUUCGGAGACGCCCCUUCCGGCACAGGUGCCGGCCCUCUGCGCGUUGGAUGCCCAAGUCCCGGCAGCCGGCUGUGCCAAGGCCCCGGCCGCCAGGUGUGGCAGGACCCCGACUGCCGGUGAUGACAGGCCUCCUUCCCCGACGACGGCGGCCAUGGCCACCAGCCGAUCGCCCUCGAUGUUUUGCCUCCCCCCCUCGUUGGAGGAGGGGCCACCGGCGGUGCCGCCCCCCCUGCCGGGCUGUCCUCCAGCGGCGAUGGGCCUGGCCCCGCGGUCGGGCCACCGAAAGCUGGGCCUCUGCAUUGGCAUCAAUGAGUACCAGCACUUCCCGCCACUUGGCUCGGCGGCCAAUGACGCCUACCGCAUUGGUCGGCGCUUUGAGGAGCUCGGCUGGUCCAUCCGAUAUGUGAUUGGCCUGGCCGGGUCAUCGGGGCCCGGGGCCGGGGCCGGGGCCGGGGCCGCCAGCACCGGGGGGGCCGAUGGUCCUCUGCCUCCUCGGCCGAAUGCCGACUCGGGCUCUGCCACCCCGGCGGAUGGUGGCUGGUCCGACACCACCGAGCCGAUCUUCGACUAUUUGCCCCCGGCGGCCGAGCUGCCGGUCGAUGAGUUUGGCCGGAUUCGCGGCGGCCCGGUCUCCACGCGACGCCUGCGCGCGGCGCUGUCCUGCCUGAGCCGGACCAUUGCCACUUCGCCCGAGCCGUGCAUUGUCUUUGUCUUCAUCGCGGCGCAUGGCUGCAUGAACAGCAAUGUCACCUAUGUCCUGGGCUCGGAAUGCCAAUUCGACCGAGCAUACCGUCUGGACCCGGCUGGCCUGAUGCCGGUGGGGUUUGUGAUGGGCUGCUUCCGUCACGAUGCCAGCCAGUUGACCUUUGGCUUGUCGAUUCUGGACAUCUGCCAGACCCCGGCCCCGGUGAGCUGGCCACCGACCGAAAGGGGGCUCAGUGGUGGGCUGCUGCAGGGGCCCGGGGCCGGCCGGGCGCGCCUCAUGCGAGCCUCAUGGCCACCGACGGCGCCCUCGUCCGCGGGCCGGGGGGAGGCAGCCCGGCGGCACUUUGUCCGUGAGGAGGGGAGUGUGCGCUUGGCGGCCGGGGGCCGGCCCGCCUCGCCGCCCCUGCCGGCCCAAUCGUCGCCGGGUCCCUUGUCUGCCGGUACUCGAGCCGAGGGGCUUCGCCUGUCGCAGAGCCUGGCGGCCUACUUCCAGCGCCGUUGGCCGGAGGCCGUGGCCCUGCCCCCGCAGAAUAUGGUUCUCUUUUACAGCUGCCUGCCGAAGGCCUUCUCGUACGAGCUAUCCAAGCAAGAGCACAGCAUCUUCACGGUGGUCCUGCUUGAAUACCUGUUCCAGCGUCGACGGUGCAUCUUCUUCGUUUUGCAGCAGGUUGCCCAGCGCGUAUCAUAUCACUCCCGGCGUUUGUGUCACCGCCGCGCGCAAAAGCCAUGCAUCGUACACGCAUGCUCCAACUCCUUCGAGCUGUUCCCCUAGAUCAAGCGCGUGCGAGGGAGGGCCAGGCACAGGCAGCGAGGGCGAAAGGGCGAAAGAAGGCCCGACGAAGAGAUCAGCCACGCGCCAGGCCCCCUGGGGGGGCGGCUGAAGCAACCCCUGCUUCAUCUGUGUGUGUCUCUUUCCUCCUCUCCCUUUCGCUCUUUCGCCCUCGCUGCCUCCCUCCCUCUCUCCCUCCCUUUUCCUUGCUCCCCCUUGUGUUUCCUUCUGUUGUGUCCUUGUCCCUUCGCCUCUUCCCUUGCCACCCUCCCCACACAUGUGUAUAGACAAUCCUUUCUUCC